AUGAAUAGUGGACAAUUUUACGAGACUCCCAAGUUUCUCCUUGCCCGUCGUCGCGAUGCGGAAGCGACACAGCUGGUUAAGGACAUCGCCCUCUACAACAAGCGACAGACCUGGUUGACCGAAGCUUCCUUUGCGCGAAUUGAUUCCACGAUUGAUGCACAAGAAGAGCAAUUGGACUCCAAGUCCCGACUUCAGUCCCUGUUCGCCUCUUCGGGAAAUAUUGGGAUCGUCAGUCUUGUCCUUCUCUGGAUUGCUAUGGGUCUCACCUUUAUCCUAUAUCAAACCUACAUCAGUAAUUAUCGGGCUGUGCAUGGCGUUAGCAAAGUCAAUGCAAUUACCGUGACGAGAAGCUACCUAUACAGUCGCUAUUUAUACUCCGCUCUCUGCGCGAUUCCGGGUCCAAUCGUGGCCUCAUUCCUGGUCGAGGUGAAGGGUGUUGGCCGGAAACGUACAGGCGCUGGAAUUGCCGUUUUGACAGGACUGUUCAUGCUGGUCUCUACAACUUCUGGAUCGCAUGGUUCCGCCCUGGCUUUUGAGUGCAUAUUGAGCUUCUUACAAUAUACUGGUCUUGCGACACUUACACUCUAUACUGUGGAGAUUGUUCCAACUCCAACGCGAGGCUUCAGCCUCGGCGUCACGAGCUUCUUUUGGGGUUUAUCUGGGCUGAUUGCGCAUGUUGUUACUACGUUUGAGAGUACUACCGUAUCUGGCGGGGCCCCUGUUUGGUUCGUUGGGGCCCUUUGGGUUGUGCUGGCGGGCGCUUGGCUCGGCUUGCCGAUGGAAACACAGGCAAGAGCAGCCGCGUAG